AAGGCCUAGAAGUGUUGCUGCUGUUGUCCGCACAAAAGUCCAAGUUUUUUUUUCAGACGUGAUUCCGGAUCUUACUCGGAUGAAGGAAGGAAGUUGUUUGAGGUGGCGGGCCAGUUGAGACAGUGACUACUUUGAAUUCUUUCUCGUUUUGCAUAUAUUUAUGUGAUUCUGCUGAUGCAGGUAAGGACAUCAACGCAUCUGUAGAUUCUGUGUCGGGGUAGCUAGCUAUCGAGUCGAGGGAAGCAGGAAAGAGCACUACCAUAAUAGAUCUCUAAGCCAUCAAGUUGCCUCCUCAAUGUGAUAACUUUCCGUUGACAGGUGUCAUGGCGAGCACUAUCAUACCGACAUACUCCGCGUACACGCCGCAUGGAGACAACCCAACUCGGGCUCGUAAAUUUCCAAAAUAUGCUACCAAACGGCCUUACGUAACCACGGCAGUAGACCCAGUUUCCCGAUUCGCCACGUCGAAAGUCCGUCCCACGACCUCAGCACCCAGUAUACUUUCAACAUCAUCUGUGACACCACCAUCCCGUUUGACUACCAGUCGGCUAACACCAACACCAAAAAUACAUGUGCCGGUCAACACCUCAAAGAAACCGCCGUCCUCAACCUAUCCUGUCAUAACGAUUCCGCCAACCUACCAAAGAUCCACAGCAAGACCUACAUCACAUGAUGGCGUACAUGAAGUCAAUUCUGUAGCUAUUGCACUUGGAAUCAUCCUGGUACUAUCGUAUGUUGUCUUCAUCUUUGCAUACCUCCGUCGUCGGAGACCUAACCGGUUGGGACGCAAGAGCAAGGACGCAGAGUUCAAAGAGUCAACGUUCUCUCCAUCAGCAUCACCACAUCCUCCAAAGCUAAAGAUCCUUGCAGAGACGAAGACCAUCGGUGUGCCACAUGGCAAAGAGGCACAUCUUCAUCAAGAGCAGCAACCAAACAGACCCCAUGUUGAAGAAGGUGGCUACACAUCACUGCUGCCUGUGAAUCAGCCAGUAGACGGCGAUGGGGGAAUCCUCAAGGUGGCCCUUGCUACUCAUUGGUCUAAUAGGAUGGCCGGACAAUUGGAGGAUACGCCAGACAGUGACGGGUACGAGAUCGUCAAGACUGCCCGUCCUUCUCCUGUGCCCAUCGGCAAGGUUCGUCAGACUGGUCAAAGGACGGGAGACGACGGGUACGAGAAUACCAAGACCACCCGUCCCAUCCCCGUGCCUAAACUCAAGGCUCGCCCGGUGAGGAAAGCAGUAUACAAUGACGGGUACGAAAACACCAAGAGGGCACGGCCCAUGCCGAUGCCUCAAGGAAAGGGUCGCCAUAUGUGGAAAGAGCAAGAUGAUGAUGAUUACGAGCUUGUCCAAACAGAUAAGGUGAAGCCCAAGCCGAAGCCUAUUUUUAGAUGUAAGCAUACUUAUUUUUGAACUUGAAACUAGUUAUUCAUCUUGAAUUUAAAGAUAUGUGUUCGAAACAAUUUCGUAAUUAACAAUAAUUCCUCAUGACUUCUUGAGAAUAUUAGUUAUGAACCCCCCCCCCCCCCCUGUAGUUAGAAGUCUCAAGCGCACGCUUCUGAUUCUGAUCGCAACGGGUUUCAGGUAUGAAUAGAAAUAGGAUGUUUUUAGAUGUCCAGGUGUUUGAGGUAAUUGUGAUUCAUGAAGGUGCAUAUUUUAUAGCUGUCCCCUUUAUAAGAGAAAAUACAAUGACAAUCAAAUUACUUUAAAAUUUACACGACAUAUUUAAAAGGGACAAUUUUUAUUUCAUACAAAAGCAUAAGUUAUAAACUUUUAUUUGUACAAUACAAUAGACAGAUUACCAGAAGAAAUGCGGGAAAAGACUGGCAGUUAGAAAUAGAAACUUGAUUAUGAUAACUCGUUAGCAAAGCGUUUUUUUUUUCCUAAUUCAAACUGUAUCUUCAGUCUGAUAAUUACCGCGAUUCAAAUGCAUGUACAUCAACCAUCGAUCCUUGGCGAUAUUAUUAUUCCACCAAAUGCUACAUGAUCAUUUUUUGCACCACGG